AUGUGGGAGCUAAAAAGUCGAUGGCGGGCGGUGGGUCUGGGGCUGCUGCUGCUGCUGAGUGCUGCGGCCCAGGCCGCGCCCUCGGCUCCUCGCCGCUACACCCCGGACUGGCAGAGCCUGGACUCUCGGCCACUGCCCAGAUGGUUUGACGAGGCCAAGUUCGGGGUGUUUGUGCACUGGGGUGUGUUCUCGGUGCCCGCCUGGGGCAGCGAGUGGUUCUGGUGGCACUGGCAGAGCGAGCGGAUUCCGGCCUAUGAGAACUUCAUGAAAGAAAACUACCCGCCGGGCUUCAGCUACGCCGACUUCGGACCGCAGUUCACGGCGCGCUUCUUCCACCCGGACCAGUGGGCCGCACUCUUCCAGGCUGCCGGGGCCAAGUAUGUGGUCCUGACCACAAAGCAUCAUGAAGGCUUCACAAACUGGCCAAGUCCCGUGUCUUGGAACUGGAACUCAAAGGAUGUGGGGCCCCAUCGUGAUUUGGUCGGUGAGUUGGGAGCUGCUGUUCGGAAGAGGAAUUUACGAUACGGCCUGUACCACUCUCUCUUGGAGUGGUUCCAUCCACUCUACCUACUUGACAAGAAAAAUGGCUUCAAGACUCAGUAUUUUGUUGGUGCAAAAACAAUGCCAGAGCUGUACGACCUUGUUAACAGCUACAAGCCCGACUUGAUCUGGUCUGAUGGGGACUGGGAGAGUCCUGAUACUUACUGGAACUCCACGGCUUUCCUCGCUUGGCUCUAUAAUGAUAGCCCUGUCAAGGACGAGGUGGUGGUGAAUGACCGCUGGGGUCAGAACUGCUCCUGUCACCAUGGAGGGUACUACAACUGUGAAGAUAAAUACACACCGCACAGCUUACCAAAACACAAGUGGGAGAUGUGUACCAGCGUGGACUCGGCAUCCUGGGGCUACAGACGGGACAUGACCCUGUCUACCAUUGCCAGCGAACAGGAAAUCAUUGAGGAAUUGAUUCAGACAGUAAGUUUGGGAGGCAACUAUCUCCUCAACAUUGGACCAACUAAGGAUGGACUGAUCGAUCCCAUCUUCCAAGAAAGGCUUCUUGCUGUUGGCAAGUGGCUGCAGAUCAACGGGGAGGCCAUCUAUGCCUCCCAUCCCUGGAGAGUGCAGUUCGAAAAGAACAUAACAGUCGUGUGGUAUACCUCUAAAGACUCGGCUGUCUAUGCUACCUUUCUGUACUGGCCAGAAAAUGGGAUCAUAAACCUUAAAUCUCCCCAAACGACCUCAGCCACAAAGGUUACAAUGCUAGGAAUGGAAGGAUAUUUGACCUGGACCCAAGAUCUCCAGGAUGGGUUCCUCAUCUCUCUGCCCCCAUUGCCACCGACUGCUCUCCCUGUGGAGUUUGCCUGGACUCUAAAGCUGAUAAAUGUGAAGUGAUUGUUGGAGUUCAAGGGCAGACCGCCCUGCUUCACCUUUCUCUUACAGGAUCAUCAGUGCAAUAAAGUAGCUUCCCUUCCCAUCAAUGAUGGCUUUUCCAGCCCAUUUUAAUCAAUGGGAACCUAGUACACUGAGCUGCUGCUGACUGAAUGGAUGGAAGACGGGAGACCCAUUGCUGGCGUCCCUGUGUCAAGCAGAAAGGCCUGGACAGCUCAGCUGAGCUCACCGGUUCCUUCACUAGAAAUCUCCCUCUCUGAUGAUGAGCCAAGUCUGUUGCCUGUAGGAACAGGUCCAAGAGGGCUGGCAAACCCAACCCCUGUGCCUUAUAUUGAUUGUCACUAAUCCCAAAGGGAUUAGCCUGGUCCUGAAGGGUUUGGCAGGCUGCCAAGGUCAACUCUUUGGAAGUUUGUGAAGCAAGCCAAAGCUCUGUCAUUGAGCAUAUCUUCAGAGGUACUGCUGAAGGAGUGUGAGUCUGCCUUACCUUUUAAAAAAAGAUGGAAGUAAAUUUGUAUGUCAGAUUAUUUCUACCAAAA